AUGAUAGCACUACAUUUCCUGUUUGUCCUUCUUCAUUAUGCUGCAUGUCAAAUUGAUGUCAAUGACAAUAUGAAGAGUUUCAGUCAUGCGCACAAAGUUGGUUCCUGUGUAGCUGGGAAGGAACAAAUACUGUUCGAGAAACACAACGGACCUGGUGUGAUUACAGAGCAAUGGUUUGCCAGUACGACAUGCUUCACCCCACAGACAAUCGUAAGGUAUUAUAUCGACGAUGAUGAAACGCCUGCCAUUGAGGUCAACUUGUAUGUUAUGCAUGGAAUGGGCGUGCAAGGUACGUCACAAACGGCGUGGGGUACCAAAUGGAUCGGGUACACAGCACUCGGUGGCGGACUGUAUAAUACAAUACGAAUUCCAUUUCAAAAAUCAAUCACCGUCUCGUUUAUUCCUGCUCAGAGUGGACCGUGGUGGUAUAUUUUGCGCGGAGUUGAAAAUUACCCGGUGGUCAUUGGGGACUUAAAAUUACCAUCUACGGCGAAACUUGUCGUUCGAAAACUAGAAAAUGUCACUCAUCAGCUUUUCGAUUAUGUAAACUUAGCGCACAGCAGUAAAAACGGAAUGUUGUUUUUUGUUACGUUGGACGCUCAGAGCGAGAGCUUUUUUUACCUGGAAGGUUGCUAUCGUAUACUCGUGGGAAAUGACACUGCUGUACAGUACUUAUCCUCUGGAACAGAAGACUUCUUCUUAUCAGCGUUUUAUUUCAAUAACGGUUUAUAUCAUACUGAACAUUCUGGUUUGACCGAUAGAGCUACACCUGGAAAGAUGAGCGCGUAUAAAUUUUUCGUGGCAGAUCCGAUGUUGUUUAAGAAUGGUUUUAAUUUGAUUUGGAGAAUUGGAGAGAAAAGAGAUAAUAAUUGUUACCAUGGCAGUCCAGAAAGAUGUUACGUUCAAGAUGGUGUCGCCCAUUGCGACGAUAGAUCUAGUGAAACAGCAUACGAGGAAGCGCCAGGUUAUCCGACCACGUUUACAAGUUACGUAUGGUUUUAUGAAUGGUAGACAUUUAUAUGGCUAAUAAUAUAUCCACUUUGCUUCUGCCCUGUUGGUUAUUCGUUUUUACUGGCUAAUGGUAUUUACUGGAGGUAUUUCAUACUAAAUUUAGGAAAAUAAAUUCGCAGUUUUCUGCUUUUGUUUUUUUAACAUCUGUAGCCUCCAUUAAAAAAAAACGUUUGUGCGGAUUUUUUUUAAAUUUGUAAAAAAUUUUUAACAGGCUCAGAGUGAAUAUUUUACAUAAAAAAAUAAAAAAAUUUAGUAAUAUUCAAUCGAGUAUAAACAAUUGCAAAUAAACAACUUUUGCAAAAAUACUCGAAAUUCGAAACUCGCAAAAAUGAAUACACAUCGAUUGAAACAUUUGAAAUUACGAUACAAAAGAAAAUGAGUUUUUUGUAUUUUUUAUUACUUUGAUUGUUGUACCCUUUUCUAUAAACAUACCAACCCCCGGCUAGUUAUUUCUCUAUUAUUUUAUACAAUAGGCCUAUUGGCUUUAGCCUGAAAUCCCAGCUCAAUGUUUUUAUAAACCAUAUUAUAAAAAGUGUGUAUUAUUGUGAAAUCUUCCUUACGUCCACGAACCUAACAAAAUGGGUAAUCAAGGAGUGUUAAUAAAAGUGGCACUUUUUAAAAUUUGAGUAAAAAAGAAACUGGCCGUUUAAUAAAGCAUUUAUAGCACCGCCCACUGGCUAUCUAUUGUCGAUUUGGUUUUCUCAUGUUUGGUAUGAAACAUUUUAAUGUAGAACGGUAUUAUGUUUAUUCAAAAUAAUUUAUGUUUUUUAAGUUUUGUAGAGUUUCGUGUAAAGAAAUUGUUACACCUUAAAAUAUAGAGGUAAUUUAAAAUUUCAUUGUUGACAUGCACUAGGAGAAGGAUUAAUUUUUGUAAAUAUGAAUUUUUAAGAGACUGUUUUUAAAAAAAAAAAAAAAUUGCGUUGA